CAACAGCAUCACUAGUAUACCUGAUCACAUAUAUGUUUUUAUAGAGAGAGAAAGUAGUGAUCACCCUCAUAGUGAAGAAGCAGCCAUGGUUUUCUUACAAACACUCCUCUCACAAGCUCUAGGGAAGACAAUCUCAGAGUCCCAGUUUAACAUUUCAUCAAAGAAGAGAAAAUGGGAAGACCCUAAAGUUGAUCAUCAGGACCUCAAGAAGUCCAUCUUCAACACUGAGCUACACCUCGAGACUCCAUUACCUUUGGAGUGGCAACAAUGCCUCGAUAUGAAGUCUGGACAGAUACACUUUUACAACACAAGGACUCAGAAGAGGACUUCAAAAGAUCCGAGGUUGAGCCCUGACCCUGAGCCACCAAGUCCCAAGAAUCAUCAUAUGUGCUUAGACCUUGAGCUCAACCUACCAUGUGGUUCGUCGCUCGUGAAGAACCAUAAUUCAACAAAGCAUGAGUCUGGCGAUGAUCGUGACAGUGACUCGAUUAAUUCAAGUAGAAGUAAGAAGAGUUUGGAGGGGCUAACCCGAACACCAUCGUGGUUGUCAUUUGAAGGUGAUGAUAGAGAGAUGGUAACGGCUGUGUGCAAGAGGUGUCACAUGCUGGUGAUGAUGUGCAAGUCUUCUCCCGCGUGCCCAAACUGCAAGUUUUUGCACCCACCUGAGCAAAGCCCUCCCAACUUGUUCAAGAAAAGGUGUAGCCUCUUGUGUUGAAGCAAGCAUAUAUAUAUAUAUAUAUAUAUAUAUAUAUAAAGAGAGAUUAGUGUUUGGUAUGGUAUUUAGUAGCACAUAUAUGUGCUACAGCUUUUAUAAUAGUGCCAACCUAAAUGUCCAAUAUCGACCUUGAAGCCUAGAAAGCCUUAGUUGGCUAACUUUGUUCAACUUCUCUUUGUGAAGGGGAAAAAUUAGGGAGGGGGGGACUUUAUAUUGUAAAAUAUACAGUUAGAUGUAUCCUUUUUUCAAAUCCUAUUAUGCAUCUCUAACGCAUUCCUGCAAAUUAAAUAUAUUAUUUGUUUUGGGUUUU